CUGCAUCCUUAAAACUGCUGCAAGUCCUCCUCGUUACUAUUUGAAUCCCUGUUGACUGUACACGCACUUCUAAGCAGCAGUAGCAGCAGUAUAAUCCGACAUGCGGCUGGGACUCGUGUGUUUCUUCAGCUUUGUGUGGCUGUCGGAGUGCGCGCCUCCGACCUGCUACUCCAGAUCGCGCGGCCUGAGCGAGGAGAUCAUGACUCUGCUGGAUAAAAUACACACCUACCAGCGCACGAAAACGUGUGCUGAGAUUCUACCAACGAUCUUCCUUGAUGUGCAUAACGCAUGCGUCACCACCAAGCUCCGUGACUUUCUCUACGUGGUGCUGAACCAUCCUAACCAGUACUGCAGAGAGCGUCCCAGAAUGGUUCUGCUGAAACGUAAAGUCCAGAACUUGUACACCAUCAUCACCAGAAUCUGUUAUCGGGACCUGGUGUUUUUCACAGAUGACUGUGAAGGUAUUGACACUGGACACAGCCGCCCAUACUAUGCAGAGGACAGGCUUCAACUGCUGCAAGAGGAGAGAUGAGCAAAACACAGGGCACAUGUUACAUUCAUUAAAACACAUCAGCAAUAUGUAGAAGGGUAACGCAUGUACAAUACACACCACAGCAUGCACCACAAACAAUACACACCAUGCUGUUUCAUGUUUUACCUAGUUGGCUCCGUGUUAGCUGCAGACUCAUGUUAGGGGACGUGUGGCCACAUUCCAGCAAGGAGUGCAGAACUUUCCACAGGAAAUUUGCUGAAUGCCAACCAUGCCGAUGAAAACCUUGAAAUAAUAAACCAAUAAGAGAUGCUUGUGAGCCGGGCUUAACCGCUGCUUACUUACCAGGGCUGAUCAAAGGUUCAUGUGUCAUUAAGAGAAAUAUGUUGUGUUGCCAUAACCCUUGGACUGACUAACAUGUCUUAAAGGAGCACUGUACAGCAUUUUGUAAACAUUUGAAGACUUGGACACGGUGGUUGAAAAUGUUAUGCAAGAAAGAUAUUUUCUCACACAGUUGUAGAGCCCGCUCCUUCAGAAUUUUCUCACUUAGAGAUAUUUUUUUUUAUUCCCAAGAUGUUACAACUGUGCUGCUGCUUUUACCAAAGCUGAACAUAUUAUUUUCCCAUGGUCUUAAGCCAUAUGGAUAUAAAAUAGAGCCCUCACUGUUAUAGACAUUAGAAACUUGCCUGUUUAUGUACUCUUAAUGUAAAUCUAUACAUGACUAACAUUAUGUAAUAAACUGUUCUUUCUCUUUAUG